GUCGCCAUCAUGAGUCUCUAUCAACUUGCUCCCAAACCGCCCACCAAGCUCGGCAUGUAUCGUACCCUGGCUCCCACUGCGGGUGUACAUGUUUCCCCAUUCGCCUUGGGAGCCAUGUCCAUUGGGGACAAAUGGCACCAGUACGGAAUGGGUGCAAUGGACAAGCAGUCUUCGGUGAAGUUGCUGGAUGCGUAUUUCGACGCAGGCGGGAAUUUUAUCGACACUGCGAACAAUUACCAAGACGAAAGCUCAGAGGAGAUCAUCGGCGAGUGGGCUGAAAAGCGUGGCAUUCGUGACCAGCUUGUCAUUGCUACAAAGUACACUACCAAUUUCAAACGAGGCUCCAAUGAAGCACAGAAAGUCAAUUUUACCGGAAAUAAUGUCAAGUCUAUGCAUCUCAGCGUGGAGGCGAGCCUGAAGAAACUUCGAACAUCUUACAUCGACAUCUUAUAUCUUCACUGGUGGGACUUCGACACCAGUGUUGAGGAAGUCAUGAACGGAUUGCACAUCCUCGUCCAGCAAGGAAAAGUUCUCUACCUGGGUAUCUCCGAUACACCUGCCUGGAUUGUGUCAAAGGCAAACCAAUACGCUCGUGAUUACGGGAAAACCCCUUUCGUGAUCUAUCAAGGCAUGUGGAAUAUUUUGGAGCGCUCAUUCGAGCGCGACAUAAUUCCCAUGGCCCGGGCUGAAGGUAUGGCACUCGCACCCUGGAACGUUCUCGCCAGCGGUAAAUUCCGCACAGACGAGGAGGAGCACAGGCGCCGCGAAACGGGAGAAAAGGGAAGGGAGAUGUUUACCGCAAGUUGGGAACGCACCGAAAAUGAAACAAAGGUAUCUCAUGCGUUAGAGAAGGUAGCGAAGGAGGUCGGGGCUAGUCACAUCACCGCUGUGGCCAUCGCAUACCUUAUGCAGAAAACGCCGUACGUUUUUCCCCUUGUUGGAGGGCGCAAAGUCGAACACCUUCAUGGAAACCUCGAGGCGCUUGAUAUAUCUUUGUCCCCGGAACAGAUCAAGUAUUUGGAAAGCAUUCUCCCGUUUGAUCCGGGGUUCCCGACCUCCAUGAUUGGCGAUGGGUCAUCUCCCACUAUGCUUCUCGCACAUACCGCUCAUUUCGAGAAGGUCCCGCGCGUCGAACCAAUCAAGCCAUCGAAGAAAUAAUCUUCAACGUUCCAUGUCCCCAAGCGUCGCGUCUACCAAGUUCUCAGUUUGUAUAAUAUUAAAACUUUAUCGAUUGGCA